CUAAUGGCUUCCUCAUCAGUUGUUUGCUGAACACCAUAAGAAUGCCCAGAUCAAAGGAAGAACUUCACAGAUGACCGCUUAUACAACAUGCAGAUGGGAAAGCAAUAUGGAAAUAUUUUCACUCUUUGGGCGGGACCGAUACCUGUGCUAAUACUAUCCGGAUUCCAAGGAGUGAAGGAGGGACUGAUAAAUAAUUCAGAAGCCUUUGUUGACCGACCGACGUCCCAUGUUGUGAAAGCUUUAACAAAAGGGAAAGGUAUUGUAUUCUCCAAUGGCCACACCUGGAAGCAACAGAGGAAAUUUGGGAUGGUUACCAUGCGGAAAUUGGGACUGGGGAAGAAAGGUGUGGAGCACCAGAUCCAAGAGGAGGCCCAUCAGCUUGUUGAGACUUUUGCAUGUGCGAAGGGAGAGCCUCUUGACCCUUCAUUACCUAUCAAAAAUUCAGUCUCCAAUGUGAUCUGCGCUUUAGCAUUUGGACACCGGUUUUCUAUUGAUGAUGAAGACUUCCUCAAGUUGACAGAAGCCGUUAAUGUUAUCUUUACAUUUAUAGCCAGUAUAUUUUAUGAUUUCUAUGAAAUUUUCCCAUGGCUCUUCGACUGUUUCCCAGGUCCGCAUAAAAGGGCGUUUUGUAGCAGAGAUGUUGUGCUUUCGUUUAUAAAGAAAGAGAUAGAAGAGCAUAAGCAACAGCAGUCCCUGCAUGAUCCACAGGAUUACAUUGAUUUCUACCUUCUCCAGAAAGAGAAAGCAAAGAGUGACCCCAACUCCACCUUUGAUUAUGGGAACCUGGCUCAAUCCAUUUUUGAGCUUUUUAUCGCAGGAUCAGACACAACAGCUUCAACUCUGCAAUGGGCCCUACUUCUUAUGGCAAAUCAUCCAGAUGUUCAAGAAAAAGUCUACAAGGAGAUGGAAGAUGUUUUGGGUUCCUCUCAGUUAUACACCUAUCAAGACGUGAAGAAAUUGCCCUACACCAAUGCUGUGAUUCAUGAAAUUUUGCGUUUCCAUUAUAUCUUAUUGAUUGGGAUCCCCAGACGAUCUGUGAAGGACGUGAAUGUGCUUGGUUUUCUCAUCCCAAAGGGAACCAUUGUCAUCCCAGAUAUUGCCUCUGCUCUUCUGGAUCCCAAGCAAUGGGCAUCCCCACAGGAGUUCAACCCAAAUCAUUUUUUGGACAGAGAUGGGAACUUUGUGACUAGAGAAGCAUUUCUGCCAUUUGGUGCAGGGGCCCGGAUCUGCCUGGGGAAGCAGCUGGCAGAGAUUGAGCUCUUCACCUUCUUCACCAGCCUGCUGAGGUCAUUCACCUUCCGACCACCAGAGGGAGUCAAAGAGCUCAGCAAAGAGCCUUCAGUGGGGCUCACUGUACAUCCCCGCCCUUAUAAACUCCGUGCUGUACCCCGCUCAAAUGCUCAGUAAACUAUGAAA